CGUCUCAGGGAAAUUUUGUUUGUUCUUCCUCACGAGGAGACUAAAGAGACGAGUAAAGGGCAGAAUCGGAAUCGAAAUCGGAAUGGGGGCAAUAACAACGGCGGUGAUAGCAAUCGGAGCGGUGGUUCUAGGAUGGAUCACCAUCGAAAUAGCUUGCAAACCUUGCCUGGAGAAAGGUCGUGAGGCCAUUGAUCGUUCUCUCAAUCCCGAUCACGAUCCUGACGAUGAAAUCUCCGACAUUCUUGCUCCUCUAAAUCCCAACCGAGAUGUCACUCCAGAUCUUGAUGAUCCAAACCCUAAUCAGCCAUCUUCCGAGGUCAUCAAGGCCGUUUGAUUUCAAUUCCUCCGCCUAAUUUCACCAUCUUCAUUUUCUUGUUGAAGAAAAAGGUUGUUUGUUCUCGUGAAUCGUGUUCCGGAUUGUUGAAUAAUCUUCGGCUCGUGUUGAAGAUUUCGCUUAGGAAUUGUCUACGGAUGGCCGCUUCAAGAAUGGUCAACGAUUGCAAUUUUCUUCGGAGUUGAAAGAUUGUAUAGAACCGAAGCCUGUGGCUGAGUAUGAGUAUCAAAAAGGAAGGACUUGUCGUGUGGUGAAGAGGGAGCAGCUACUCGGGCGAGUCUCUCCAUGUGCAAUUUCCUGUUCCUUAAGCACGAGUUUCAAAUUAUUGACUUGGUUCCUGUAAUGAUGGGACCUUGUUUCUUUAGGUUUGUAAUGUUUCUUAUUUUUCCGUUUUGUAUUUCGAAAACAAAUUAGAACCAUUUUUCUUUCUUAGAAACGUUUUCAAAAUUGAGUAGAAAUGCAAGUUUCUUGCUUCUGUUCUCAAUUUUUUAGAAAACAUAAAUUGAUAUAUUAUUUUAUCAA